UAGGCUUUUGUGCAUAGCAUCUCAUUGCGCUCUGCGCUAGCCUCAGAAUCUCGGCUUCGUUUCAACACUAAUCUGCGCCUUCUUACCGCAGCUCGUAGAUGGUAUAAUCCUAACGGCGUCCUCCUUAACGGUAUCUCGGCUGUCCUCCUCAUUAUAUCCUACAGCUCGGCCUCACUCGCCGUAUGCAUCGACUAUGAAUCCACACUGUCUGAGCAUGGUAUUGCCUUUGCAGGGUUACCUCUUCUCAUUUUGGGCGUCGCACUCCUGUUCCAAGUGAUGAUCGUAUUGUCAGGGAUACGGGCUGUCAAAAUAUUGACGUGGAGCUCCUCACCUUUCGACCUGACCGCUGCACUAGUCCACCACACGCAAUUGACCCCGGUUACUUUGCGGUGCAUGCGUUGCGUGUCCGACCUAGACACGGAUGGAGGUUCAGCGAAGCCAUCCGAGAUACAACCUUCUGCAUGGCAUGCUCACCCUAGCAUCCGGAAAGUUGUCAUUUUUCUCUGGGUGGUCGUUGCAGCAUGCGCUGGAUGGGCCGCGCUCGUCAUGUAUAUCUGGCAUAAGUACGCAUACCAAGAUGGUAUGCUGUCCGACCAUGCACUGACCAUACAAACGUGGUCAUUCUUGCACAACGAGUCGUCCAAUUCCAUCGGGUAUCAUAUGCCGGGUUUCGCGUGGAUUCUGCUCUAUGUCAACAUGGCAGCUAUCCAGGGGCCGUUGACGCUUGGGCUGCAUUGCUCAGAGCUCAUCGCAAAUGUCAUUCGAGACGAAAGACAAUGGAGAUGCGCUACUGGAAGGAAUGGACUUCGAACGGCGACGAAUCCAUUGAAGAUGAUUUUCACUCAUCCGAUUUGUCUUGUCCUUUUCGUCGCGAAGCCUUUCCUGCACUGGAUGUUUGGGCUCUCACUCGUCAUAGAUGCCACCUCCACUGAUGGGAAAACAACACUUCCGGUUGCAGUAUUCAUGUACACUGGCCAGAUCUGGAACUUAUGCAUAGCGCUGUUCAUAUUUUCAUGUUUCUUCACUUUCGUCGCACUGCGCCGACCGCGCGGUCCCCAGCCGGCUGCAUACGGUCACCUCCAGACGCUCGCCAACCUUGUGGACGAGUGGUCGCCUGUGAUGUGGUGGGGACACAAGGAGGACGGAAUUCCGUACUGUCAUGCUGGGACGAGCGAUUAUCCGCUCCCGGAUGUGAAGAUGGACUGUAUUUAUGCUGGGUCCGGUGCUGGGUCCCUAGUACCUGUCUCGUGAGAGGCACUUGAUUGGCUUUUUAGUAGGAGUUUCUUGAUUCCCCUUUUUAAAUAGAGGAGCUACAAUAUCCACGUCAGUCUGGCAAUGCAUCGACAGGCACACAACCAGCUAUG